CACUAGAUGCACAUAGGAGUGAGUAGGCGCUCUUCUCUUGCGCAAGAUGCGAGAUACUGUAUCACCUAUGUAGUGUUACCGUGCUGAGGCAGGUAGCAAAGUAGCUUUGCUCAGCAAACGGAUUGUAACAUUUGGACGUGGUCUUUUUUUCCUGAGUUGAGCUGCCUGAGCAGAAUGGUAUCGCUCGUGAAUUACGCGUGUCUUUUCUUGCCUGUUGCUCUCCAUCUGAUCGUCAGCCCCUGUCCCAGCUCUGCUGCCUCCACCAGGAGGUGUCACUCCAUCUAUAAGGGCUUCGCUCAGUGUCUGAUGGCUCUGGGGGACAGCCUGACUGAGAGUGCCCAGAAGAUUGAGGAUACACAGGAGAUACACACCAUUUGCAAGUCCUGGGAUGAGUUUCAUGACUGUGCGAACGUGGCGAUGGCGGGCUGUCCUGAUGAGGCUGCUGCAGUCUGGGAGUCUCUGCGACAGGAGUCCAAGAAGAUGCAGUUUUCUGGUAACCUGUAUGACAUGUGCUCCAGUCGUAACCAACCAGCUGGCACUGCUGAUGCCCUGAGCCCACCCAACCAGGAAGAGAUUAACCAGGAGUCUCUAAAAGCACACACCCACCAUCUAGGUCCCGCCUCUUUCUGGUUGCUCUCCUUAUGUCUGUCCCUUCUUCUGCUGUUGGCCAAGAUAUAGGCACGAUCAGGGUGAAGGGGAGGGAGGAACUCAUUGAGGACAUGUAAAAAAAAUAUUUUAAAAAGGAUAAUAAACUCACAAAUAUUUUUUGUGUACUAAAACUGAGUUGCAUAUAUUUCUAGCUGCAUGUUCAGAUUGGUGGCUCCUCAUCUGUAGUGUAUUCAUUUCAUACACACAUUAUCUCUCUAACUCUCUCUGAAAUACUCUCCUCCUUUUCAUCAAUUUAAGAGUUGGAUAGUAUGGUUCCAGGGGGAUGCUGUCUGGGAGAGCUGAGGGUAGAAUGUAAAUGAGCAAAUAAACCUCAAACAUCUAGAACCCAAGACAGAUUAUUCAAGCCUCACCAGGCAAGGCUUAACAGCAACAUCUCACACAGAAACCUGCAUCCUGAAGUUUCCUUCGGGUUGUUAUUCAAUCAGAGAGCACUGUGGGAUGUUUUGUAGCAUUAAAGGCUCAGACAAUUUUUGUUAUUUCGUUUGGGACUCACUGAGGAUUACAGAGAGAAUUACUCAGAGUAAAACCUCUAGAACAAUAGAGCUUACCUGCAGACAAGCAUAAUGAAAUAUACCCAGCUCAUGGCAGUUUGAAUGUUAAGGACUGAAGUAUUCGCUGUGUAUUCACCCAGUGCGGGUCUAUUUAACACGGUGUUUAUUAACAGAUAAACCACUUAACUUACAUGAAAUCACUUCUUGUCUUGGUCAAGUCUAGGCUGACCUAGAAUUGUAUUUAGUAAUUUGUGUUGAAGAAAUAUGGAUGAAGGUGUACAUAAUGGAAUUUAUUCAUAUAAAUAUUUAUGUACAUAUCAAAUGGCACAUCAAUAUAUAGUAUCAAGCCUUUUGAUACUGCAGGAGCCUGUGUGUAAACGGAGACCCUGGUGAAAUAAUAACGGUAUAGAAAAAAGGUUUUACUCAAAAGGACUUUCAUUUUAUUAAAGUCAACACCAUGAGGAUAACCCCUGCUUGACUCCCUGACAUUAAAUCUUAGCUGCGUUUAAAACCUAGUUUUAAUUGAAUGUAGGUCUGAGAUAAACUACCAUGUUGGAAAUGGAAAAUACCUUUUAAAUGUAUGUUUUCUAUUGGCUUUGCUCUCAACAGCUUUAUCGGUCAAUUUGUAUUUGCAGUGGAUUUGCAUUUUUAAUUGGAAAUUAAUCUUGUUUGCUAUUGCAGCAAGUUUGUGUGGAAUGGUUAGGGAGGCAGCAGUAAACUACAGUGAAAACUUGAAGGAAAUCAAUUUUUAUCUUCAUUGUAAAGUAAAGGACAUACAAUAUAUGAAGUAGAUUUAGUUGAUCAUUAAAUAAAUGUAAAUAUUGAAAGGAUAUUGUGUUGCUAUAACAACAGUUAGCGCUACAACAUUUUAGGUUACUGGAUAACAAAUUUUAGACUGUUUGCAAACUGUGAGGACUUUAUUACUUAUCUGAAUUUCAAUAAAUUGUGUGUGUGUGUGUGUGUGUCUGUGUGUGGGUCUGUGUGUGUGUGCAUGUGUACGUGUACGUGUGUGUGCGUGCUUGUGUGCAUUGUGCCAGUGUAAUAACACUUGGUGAAUGAAAGCAGUAGCAAUGCCUUUUAUGUCAAAAUACAGUAUGGAGACUCUCCCUUAUCUUGCUUUACAAUAAGCUUUUUCAUUCUUGUAUACAUCAGUUCAUAAGCAUCAUUAUUCUUCACAUAUAUAUAAUGUUACUGUACCUAUAUUGUAUACUUCUGUACUAGCAGUUAUGCUGGGGCGGCAGGUAGCCUAGUGGUUAGAGUGUAGGGGCGGCAGGUAGCCUAGUGGUUAGAGUGUUGGGCCAGUA